AUGAAGCGGUUGCAAUUGUUGGGUAGAUCGAAAUACUUCUCACUGGUUUCCGGUGCUGCUAAGGAGGAAGAGGAAGAGGAAGAAAGCAAUCCUGAUGCCAAGAGCCCUCUACUCAGCACGAGCAAUGUUAUCAGAUCAAGAUCAGCGCUCUUGAACGAUAAAUCGUCCCUCAUGUGUUUGCCAACAAAAGUUCUACUGUUGAUAUUGCGAACUUUGGAUUUCAACACACUAGUAACGCUAUGCCUAGUCAAUUCGAGGUUCUAUAAUUUGAUCACGAAUGAAUUCCUUUUUCAAAACGUUAUCCUGGACUCAAAACUUUCGUUGUUGAAGUUCAAUGCGUUAAUACACUCCGAAUUCCAUACAUCGAACAUUGUCGCACACAGUGGUGAUCUUAAUACGCAAUCUAGAUCGCAAAAUGCAAGGUUCCUUGUAAGAUCCAUCGAGUUCAAAAAUCCUCAGUCCCAGGACUCGUUAUUGAAAUACAGUAAGUUCUAUAAUAAAAGUGGCCAAGAUUCUAUUAUUGCUGGAUCUUAUAAACUUGAUUCGUACGAUAAAGACGUAGCAAAAGUGAAGAACAUCAGAUUAAACGAUGAAACUCCCACGAUAACUUCAGAACGAAUCAAACUGCUCGAUAAAUUUGAAAGUAAUUACUUCCAUUAUACUUACAUUGAGCUAAUGCUUGACAUUAUAGACUAUCUACCGAACCUGAGCAAGGUGAUUCUGAGUGAAGUGGAACCGAAUUUUAAAAUCCCUCUGUGGUACUCUGUAUUCAAUGAUGGUUCUAGAGAUUUUUUCAAGAAAAUAAUCAAGGGUCAGCAAUCCAUCACAAACGAGGAUUUGAGGACCUUCCAACUAUCCAAAAAAUUUGUCAAGGAAUACGAAUCCAAGUACUAUUCUUUGCCAAGAUUGAAAAUUCUAGAAAUCAAGGCCAAUAAUAAAAGACAACGGAACUCCAAUCGUCAACGCCAUCACCAAAAGCUCAUACUAAGGCCAAGUUUAUUCUGCUGUUUUGGUAUAAUUAGUGAACUUAAACUGGAAAAUGUAACGAUAGAUACCGAAUCGCUAGAUACUCCAAUGGAAUUCUUACCGUUAUUUCUAAAGAAUGAAAAUACUGAGCUAUACAGUUUGCAAUCUCCUAUCACGGCACUGACUUUAAAUUCAUGUGAUGUCGUCCCUGGGAAUGGCAUAUUACGUUUGUUCCACUCUUACUUUAAAAUGGUCAAACAUCUAUCCUUGUUGAAGAUCAACAGUAAAUUUGAUUUAUUAUUAUGCAGCUGUUUCCCAUCACUAUCCAAUUUAACGAUUGAUUGUAAUAGUGAAUGUUUUACUGACGAACAGGUUGUCAGCGAACCGUAUUAUUUCCAGCAACGGAACCUGGACACAGAUGAUGAUUUUGAUGACUGCAACUCCAUGACAGAAACGUUAUUUGAAGCGCCAUCAGAUUCGAAAAUAAUAACGCCUCCACCGACAUCUUCGGUUGUACUGUCUUUGAAUCUGAACUAUAUUUCCAGAACCACCGGGAAUGAUGUUUCAAAUAACCCAUCACCAAAUAAUAACAAAAAGCCUGCCAUCUUAACCGCGGCACAGUUACAAACUUUUCAACGACAAAGGAUCCCUGAAUUUCAUUCUUUUUAUCAUUAUUACCGCUUACUUUGGGAAAGACUCCCAAGUAAAAAUAUUUCUAUUAACGUAAUCAAUAUCCCCUUCACCAAUGUAUAUCCUUUAUCUCCUCUAUCUUUCUGGGAACAUUUAGCAAGGACAAUUACUAGUAUUGAUGAGACAGACGAGGAUGUUAGCGACGAGAAUGAUCAAGAAACACUAAUUGGCUAUGAAAGUAAUCCCCUAAGGGAUAACAUACCAAGUGCAAAUGCAGUUCCUAAUUUGAGUACUGUAAUGGGUCCCGAAUCAGAUAUUCAUCACACUUACUAUUGGAACAACUCCGUAAGGCGUUGCCUAAGGGAUAGUCUGAUCAAAUUGAAGAACCGAACAAUCGAAUAUAGAGAUUUAGACGUGGAGGAAUUCUUGCAAAAUAUGACACUAGAGAACUUUUUCAAUGAUUUCCAAGAUCCAGAAAAUUUUAAAGAUAUUCCAAAUAUUAAUCUCUGGUGUUUCCUGAGGAAUUUGUCAAAAUUUAAAGCUGUUAAAAUAAGAAUGUUGAGACACUUUUCACUAUGUACACCUAGAACAAGAUACGACUGGGAAUUAUUAUUGAAGCCCGUCUUGCGUGUAAAUGUUCCCAUUGAAGUCAGAGAUAAAGAUGGAUUUGUUCUUUAUUCAUACGGACAAAAAUAA